UGAAACAUGACAAAAUAGCACAACCCGACGUAAAAUAGGCCACAACACACGACUAUGCCCCUCAAACGGAUAAGAACUAGAGACGCAAACAUGUGCAAUUACAUCGUUAUCAUGUAUGAUCCAUUUAUUUUGUAUGCCAUGUAUGAUACAUGUUAUUUAUGCCAUGAUGAAUAAAAGAAUCGUAGUCAAAUUUUUCAUCAUUAACUAAUCAAAUGUUAUGCUCUAUUGGUAUCAUAUUAUAGAGUUCAGGAAAUUUAAGUCCAAAUCAUGUUAUUUUAUCGUAUCGAAGCCAUCAACACUGAAUUUCACUCACUUUUGUCUGGUUUGGAUCGAAUUGGAUACCUAUAAUAUAGAACAGGAACAAAAAAUUACCGAAGAGAAGUGAACCAAAUCUAAUCAAACCUUCUGCCUAAUCCUCCGUUCGUCUCCCGCUGCAAUGGCUUCUCUUCCACCACUCACCCCAUCAUCCACCGUCGCCCCGCCUCAGCUCCGCCGUCAGCCCCCUUCCUUUCUUCCUCCCUCUCUCAGUGUGAAACCCAAGUCCGGCGAAACGUUUCUCAGCCGCCAUGGCCGAUUCACAAGAACAUCAAGACCCAACCUAUCUACUUCCGAAUCAAAUGUCGCUUCUGUCGACAAACAAGAAUCAAUCACUGCCACCACAGCCAGUCCCAAAAUCGAUUAUGGAGUCGUUGGAGUUCACCACGUUGGUAUCCUGUGCGAAAACCUCGAAAGGUCGAUCGAAUUCUACCAGGGGAUGUUGGGUCUGGAGAUAAACGAGGCGAGGCCUCACGACAAAUUGCCAUACAGAGGAGCUUGGCUGUGGGUGGGCGCUGAGAUGAUCCACCUAAUGGAGCUCCCCAAUCCGGACCCUUUAACAGGACGGCCUCAACACGGUGGCCGCGACCGCCAUGCCUGCCUCGCCAUUCGAGACGUCUCCAAGCUCAAGGAGAUCCUUGACCAAGCUGGACAUCCUUACACGCUUAGCCGAUCCGGGAGGCCUGCAAUCUUCACGCGAGAUCCUGAUGCGAAUGCGCUGGAGUUCACUCAAGUUGAUUAACUCCUGAAUGGCAUUGGAAUUUUCAUAUGGAUGUAUGUAGUAAUCUGGAUAGAUGCAGAGUAGAUGAAUUGCAGCGCUGUACAUAGAACCACUUCCCCCUUCAGAUAUAAUGCACUUCUCUUUUUCCCCUAUACAUGCUGUGUGUUUUGAUUUUCUUUAACUAGUUCUGUUUGGAUUUCCCCAAGUAUGUUGUGUAUGUGUAUGCAGUAUGCUGUACAGUUGUGCUGAUAACAGUCAUCAUCAACUUCUAAGAGAAAGAAGAAUGAAUGGCAGGGGAAGACUGAUGCUUUGAUUGGCUAUCGCGAAUUCACGCGGGACAUCCAUUCUCGAACUGCAGAGCGUUAGCAUGUGAUUCGGGGGUCAAUGCAGCAUGCUGGAGCUGAAGCUUUGUCACUGGUGAUAUGUUGUGUGCAUCUCCAGCCAUGCCUUGAUGGCUGUUUUCUCGUAGGUAAAACCAUCAGCAAUAAUUUGAGGAUCAUCCGUUACUUCCUGCAGUUGUAUGAAGCAACAUUAGAGGGCCUUCUGUGCAGAUCCUUGUUCAAUUAAGGCUGUGUUUGUUUCAGCUUUAACAAGAAAACGUUGUUUGGAGUUCUGUUUUUGGCAACCUUAAGGAUUGGACAAAAGCAGUAGCUUGGUGCAUAGAUGCUGCCUUUCUCUGUCAUCAUGCUAGCAUCUGCUACUUCGCUGAGUCUUCUAAGAACUGGUAGCACUUCAGUGUCAAGGACUGGCCUGUCUCUGCAACGGAGCUUUACACAGUUCAGAGCAAUCUGGGCAAGCUCCUUAGCUUCGACAAGUGGCCAAUCAGCAAUUGAUGGAUCCAGAACGUUGGCCAAGGUGUCACUUUUAAGUGCUUCUUCAACACGCAUAGAGCACCGAUUUGGGGCGGAUGGUCCCUGUCCUCUGGUACUCAGGGUUCAUGUAAAAAAAGGGUUUCAGCGAGCAUAGAGACUCUGUACUUGGUGACACUGUCACUUGUCAGGGACAACCUCAGUAAUUGACUAAUUUCUGUCUAACAGGAUAUUCUGUGGUUUCAGAUCACGAUGGAUCACAUCAACAUGAUUCCCAAAAUACCAUCAGUUAUACUAUCCCGCUCCCGCAAUAGAUUAGAUCGACACCAGGGCUAAGGACUAUAUUAGAAGGCGGAGAAGGCGGAAUCAGAUGAUUGCGUUAGGGUUGAGGAGGAGAAGAUGGAGCAUCAUUAUUUAUAGAGUAAUGAAUGAAUGCGGCUCAG